CGUCAUCAGAUCUUGCGCGAGUUGAACGAGCGGAUCGUUUGUAAAUUACUAUGAAGAAUAAAGACAUUGCUAUACCUGCAGUGUUCUGUCUGAUGAAAGUGACGGGAUGUUGGAUGGCAAACACAAAAGAUGGAAAGACAAGGAGUCGUUGUGUCAAGAUGUUAACGGUCGUCUUGUUCUUUUUUGGGGUUUACACCGGUAUCACGGAUAUUUCUCACACUUUGGACGAUAUCGACAAUAUUCUUUAUAUGUGUAUCAAUCUUGCAUUUAUCACGAUGGGAUUAAUAAAAUUUACGAUAGUGUGCUAUUUCGAAGAUGAUAUUCUUGUGUAUGUGAGAUACGCCCAACGAAAUUUUUGGCAAGCGAAUUAUGAUGACAAUGAAGAAGUAGAAAUGGUGAAGGCGCGAAAUUUGUCCACCUUCUACCUCGGAAUAACCUAUAGUGCAUCGUUCGUUGUCGUUAGUAAUUAUGUACUAACACCAAUCCUUAGUAAGUAAAUGAAACUGAACGCAGAAAUUAUAAAUAUUUUACUGAAACAUUAAUACUUAGAAUAAAAAAAUUAUUAAAAAUUUAAUACUCUACAUAGAAUAAUGUUAUCA